GGGGUACGAGGCGGGCCGGUGGAGCGAGAUCAUGUGAGAGUCCACGCGCCGAAAGUAGGUUAGACUACAGAGAAACACAGACGCAGAGAGAGAGGGAAAGAGAAGAGGGCAUCAUUUUAUUGCAUAGCUGACAGUGCGACAGUGGGGGAAAAGCUGUGAUGAAGCGGAAUUUACUCAGAACAACCGGAUAAGAAGAGCAAGCAGGCUGUGCAAUAACUUACGAGGUUUAGAAGUUAUUUUCUUGCAACCGCUCUUUUUUUGGAGUUUUCAGAAUUUUACCCGAGUUUAACUUUCGGCGCUGAUCAAAUGUACCGGAGUUAUAUUAUCGUCCGCAGAUAAUAUAGCAUCAAAAUGAGAGCACAAAUCGAAGUAAUCCCAUGCAAGAUUUGCGGGGACAAGUCAUCGGGCAUCCACUAUGGGGUGAUCACUUGUGAGGGCUGCAAGGGCUUCUUCCGCCGAAGUCAGCAGAACAAUGCGAUAUACUCCUGCUCCAGGCAGAGGAACUGCCUUAUUGACCGAACCAAUCGCAACCGCUGUCAACACUGCCGCCUGCAGAAGUGUCUGGCGUUAGGCAUGAGCCGCGAUGCGGUGAAGUUUGGACGCAUGUCAAAAAAGCAGCGUGACAGCCUCUAUGCCGAGGUUCAGAAGCACCAGCAGUCUCAGGAGAGGGCAGGGGGUUUGGGCAAUGGUGUACCCGCUCAUGCUGGUGAUGAGGUCGGGGAGAAGGGCAGCAGUCACGGCCGGGCCUACAGUCGGGGCUCCAGCACCACACUUAGUGACCUGGAUGAUAUAACCAUGCUACCAGACGGUCUUCUCUUUGAUCUGCCACUCACUCCCGAGGAAGCUGCUGACUACUGUAGCCUAGAUCUGCUAGGAGGAAGCAGUGGGAGCAGUUCUUCCUCCCAGAGUUCUCCUGAGCCGAACAAACAGGAGUUUAGUGACACGACACACAUCAAACACGAGUACCAGACACUGCACGAGACGGGACUUUACACUCGCUCAUUACUUAACCCACCUGAAGGCUGUUCCUUGAUGGAAAUCGAACGGAUUACACAGAAUGUGGUCAAAUCCCACAUCGAGACAAGUCAGUACAGCACAGAAGAAUUGAAAAGAUUUGCUUGGACCCUCUACACACCCGAGGAGAUACGUGUCUACCAAAACAAGUCCACAGAGAUGAUGUGGCAGCAGUGUGCUGUGUUCAUCACGAAUGCCAUCCAGUAUGUAGUGGAGUUUGCCAAACGCAUCUCUGGAUUCAUGGAUUUGUCCCAAAAUGACCAGAUUAUCCUUCUCAAAGCAGGCUGCCUGGACGUGCUGCUGAUCCGAAUGUGUCGGGCCUACAACCCCAUCAACAACACGCUGUUGUUCGAUGGAAAGUUCGCAAGCCCUCAGCUCUUUAAAGCUCUCGGUUGUGAUGAUCUGGUUGGUGCUGUGUUUGAGAUGGCUAAAACCCUGAGUCGGCUACAGCUGUCUGAAGAGGAGAUGGCUCUGUUUACCGCCACUGUGCUUCUGUCUCCAGACCGUCCUUGGUUAACAGAUGCUCAGAAGGUGCAGAAACUUCAGGAGAAGGUCUAUGUGGCAUUGCAACACUGUCUUCAUAAAAGUGGUGCCCCUGAGGAGAAACUGGCAAAGAUGGUGUCCAAGUUGCCCAUGAUGAAGUCUAUUUGCAACCUCCAUAUUGAUAAGCUGGAGUUUUUCCAUCUGCUUCACCCAGAAACGGCCUUCAACUUCCCUGCUCUCUACAGAGAGGUUUUCUGCAGCGAGAUCUCCUUCCCAGACUCCACUGAGGGCUAACAGUCAUUGAAGUGUCAUAUUGGCUCUGAUGAGAGACAGAGAGAGGAUGAGACCGUUAAAGAAAGACAGAGAAUGGAAAUAGGAGGAGGUAGAUGGAUUUGUGUUUGAGAAAAAACAGCAACACACUGACAGUCUUGCACAUUAUACUUUAGGACUCCAUCUACAGUAUAACCUCCCUCCUGAUGGAGUGACUCACUCCUCUAUUUGAACAGGUCCCAGAUUUCUUCAGAAGACGCUGUUAAAUGUCAGCAGUCCUUUAUGGUGCUGGUUACUAUUACUCAUGCUACCUACAUAUAAUGACUCAAACAGAGCAAAUUAUGUAUAUUUAAUUAAAAAGAGUACUCGAGUAAACUUGGAGAGUAGAUCUCCCUAAAAAAUUAAAUGCUUGAAAAGUGGAUCCUUCCCAUUUUGCGGGUACUCUUAGGAAGAGAACUAUGAAUGUAACCCACCUGACAUUUGGCCUCAGGAUUAAGACAGAAUGUAUUAUGAAUUCCUGGCCCAUAUGUAAAGCAAGCUCUUAAGGCUUGGUUUCUAUAGAUGAACAAUUUUGAAUCCAUGCAAAACUGUUCAAAGGGACCAAUGCAUACACACCUGAGGUUGUAAACGCCACAUGAGCACCUUCACUUUCACACUCAUCACUAACGCACAGCACACUGCACAGACCACAUGUGCACAUGGUGUGUUGUCUUUUGAGCUCUUUAUUUUUGCAUAUAAAUUUAAAAGAUGCAA